AUGCGGUUCAAGUCGUGGUCUGAACAUCGUGCCUUCCACAAACGAUUGAAGCAGGAGAAGCAAUUAGAAUCGGCUGGUAUCAGCAGGGACGGGGGCAACGAAGGUAUAAAUUGUCCGGCAAAGUCGACGACCGUCUCCUCCUCUGCAUCCUUAUCGUCGAUGAUGUCCACCGGUGGGAGCCGGCCGACGUUGCCGUCUAACGGCAAGACGAGCAUCGCUGUGCUACAUGAGUACGUGCAGAAGGUAUUAAAAGGUCUGAUUUCUUACGAGUUCAGCGAGACCCGCAACGCUGCCAACCCUUAUUGUGCGACGGUCAAAUUAAUGACUGUUGGUCGUAGCCGGGGUGAUGCUGUGGGCAUCUCUCAGGAAGACUCUUUAUGUACGAUCGGCACCGGCGUCGGCAAUAGCAAGAAGAACGCGAAGCUGGAAGCGGCCAAGCAGGCGCUACACGUUCUCAUACCCGGCAUAGAGUUCAAUGACGACGGCGUCGCUGACGUGACUCCUCACGAUGAUGUCAUUCAACUGUUCGACCUCAUUCAGAUUACGGAUAGCAGGGUUCACGAGCUUUCGGCAAAGGCAGGACAGCCGACGCCGUUCGUGAUUUUACAGGAGUGCUUGAAACGUAACUCGGCGUUGGGCAAUACAACGAUUAACAUGAAGAUCGAACGCAUCAAGCAUCAGCAGCACGAGUUCAUUCUGAACGUCGGCAAGCACGAGGUACGGGUGUUUUGUUCGAACAAGAAGGAGGGGAAACAGAAGGCGGCUCAGUCAAUGCUCGAGCGCCUGCAUCCACAGAUCAAAACUUGGGGAUCAUUGAUUCGGCUUUAUGGUUACGGUGCCCAGCGACGCCUACAAGAAACGCGUAAGGAGAAGGACAGCAUCAUCCGGCUGCAAAGUCAGAGCAAGCGGCAGCCGAACGAGCCGAACACCGCGAUUCUAAGCAAGCUGCGCAGCGAGAUGAAGAAACUCUACGACAAGUACAAAAGAGGUGAAAGCCCGACCAAUUCGGCCAACGUGUCGACCGUCAUCGUGAAAGGUAUUGACAUAUGA